AAAACUUCUGAAUCGAGUCUCGGAGCUGGGAAGAGUUUGUAAUUUAAAUUCAGAGACUCAGCCGACCUCUAUGAACCACCAGUUGAUUGCCACCAGCUCAUUGAAACAAAUAGUCCCAAGCACCCCUCAGCAGGCAUCCUUCACCUUGAGGAAGCAAGAGCAAUACACCACUUGUUUUUUCCGGUGUUUAUGAUCCGAUAGAUCAUUCCCAAGACAUCCAUGUUCGAUCAGUCAUAUUACAACAGGAUGAAACGGAUACCGCGUGUCGACGACGCUAUUUACGGGUACAUCACGUCCGCACACGUGACCAGGGUGAAUCGUAUGGUCGAGCAGACGGUCACCGAGGAAUCCCCCAGUACGAGGAGAGCUGCGUACCUGCCAUACGUUAGGGAAUCCCAAGAAACAGGUACGAAAGUACCAUCCACCGGCACAUCGGCACACCGGUUACUCUCUCUUGCAGCGGCGUCGUGCUCUUCAUUCACGCAUCCGACUCAGCGCGCUAAGGUUCGUCGCGACCGGUACUCUAGCCGCCUUCGGACAUCGUCGACGGUGCGCGUUCUGUGAUCGACUAGUUCGGUUCCUUUUGCACAAGAGACUUUGACCGGCGAAAAAGGAACCAUGUCACCGGUGGAGGAUAAUUGGUUUAUGCGACGACUGAUGUCUCAGACGGAUACCUACCACGGAGAUAAACACGAUCACGGUCACGAUCACGGUUACGAGAGCGAGGAUAUGUCUAGGGUACUGAUCGCAAAAGGCGUCACUAUGGCUAUCCUGUGCAUAGUUAGCACGUGCAUGGGCAUUCUACCGAUGCAACUAGCGAAGUGUUUGAAAUGGAACACCGCCAGCGCCACGAAUCCAAGGUCGACCAGGCUGGUGAGCCUGUUGCUCGGAUUCGGCGGCGGCGUGCUCCUCUGCACCACGUUUCUUCACAUGCUGCCGGAAGUGAAGGAAGGGGUGGAGGAUCUUACGAACGACGGAAAACUUCCCUCGCUCAGUUUCUCGUUGGCGGAGGUCCUUACCUGUGCCGGAUUCUUUAUUAUGUACCUGGUGGAAGAGUUGGUGCAUACACAUCUGAGGUCCAAACAAGCGAAAAGAGAGAAGAAUUCGAAUGUCAGCAGAAGUACGAACGAGCUGGUGGAGAACGGGCAAACGCAGACGAACUGCGUCACCGGUCACUCUCACGUCAACGGCCACGGCCAUUCGCACCACUUGCCGGCCAUAAUGGACGAGAAAGAUGACUUCGUCAUCAGCUCCCUGCGGGGAUUGUUAAUAGUUCUCGGGUUGUCCGUGCAUGAAUUAUUCGAAGGACUCGCUAUUGGACUGGAGAGUUCAGCCACUUAUGUCUGGUACAUGUUCGCCGCGGUGGCAGCCCACAAAUUCGUGAUUGCGUUCUGCAUCGGCGUGGAGCUAAUGGCGUCCAAAACCAGGCAAUACCUUUCGAUCAUUUAUGUCUGCACAUUCGCGAUCGUUUCUCCUUUGGGGAUCGGCAUAGGAAUGUGUUUGGUUGGUGGCGGAAGCGCUGCCGCUAGUGGCAUACUUCCGGUCUUGCUGCAGGGAGUAGCUUCCGGUACACUACUGUACGUAGUGUUCUUCGAGAUCCUCCAGGAACAUAGGACCGGCUUGAAACAGUAUCUAUCUAUUCUGAUAGGAUUUCUCGUGAUGUUCGGACUGCAGAUAUUGAGUAGAGAAAGUAGGGACAAGAUGGAGGAAGCGAACACGUCCACGAUCCUGCUGGUAGCGAAGAUAGGAGCUAUGAUAGGCCUCGGAUUCGGGUCCCUGAUCCUCGGCAUGCUACCGUUGAUCAUCGGACGGUACAGGAUGAAUCAUCGUCAAAAACGACACCGCGGUAUUUCAAGCAACUCCAGCACCUGCACGUCUACGUCGGUCUCGAACGCGUUUGGUUCCAACACCGCAACCACAUCCGCGAACUCGCAACUUCCCGGACAGCUUGCUCGCGAAACAUCGGCACAUGUCCUGCUCCCCCAGGGUCUGCACACGUCCCUUCUGCUCUGCUUCGGCGGCGGUGUCCUGCUGUUCACGACCUUCUUGCACCUGGCGCCGGAAGUGCGUAGCAGCGUGGAGCGCCACCAGUCGAACAAUCAGCUGCCAACGUUGGGCACGUUGAGCCUGUCGGAGUUGCUGUUCUGCGGCGGCUUCUUCCUGGUCUACUUUGUCGAAGAGGCUGUGCACGCGGCUCUCACGGGAAAGCCCGAGUCCUCCGAGGCCCUGUUGUACCGAACUGUGUCGGUGCGCAGAUGCAACAACAACCAGUCGGGUGCAUCGGCUGUCACGUACACGGGAUCGAGCACCACGGUGUCGACGACGACCAGGUCGACCUGGAAAGAGGACGUCGAGGACUCGGAGGACAUUGACUCCAGUAUAAGGUCCACCCACCAUCUAGACGACCUGCAGGAUAGCAAGCAGGACAAGACGCUGCCCGCUAUCUUCGUUUUGUCCUCGCCAACGGGACUCUCCUCCUCCUCGGAGCGGCAUCAUGCUGAUCACAGACACUCCUCCUCCGUCGCCGACUUGAACAAUUACCCCAGGACCAAGCAACACGAGCAUAAGCACGUGAUGACGAAGAACACGUCGAUCCAGGGUCUCUUGACUGUUCUGGCGCUAUCGUUUCACGCCAUCUUCGAGGGAUUGGCGGUAGGUCUAGAGCCCUCGAUAGCGUCGGUUGUUUAUCUAGCUGCGGCUAUUGCUACCCAUAAAUUGGUCAUCUCCUUCUGCGUCGGUAUGGAGUUGUACGUCGCCGGAGCCUCCACUAGAACCACAUUGGGGUACCUCACGAUAUUCUCCAUGGUGACUCCCAUCGGGAUCGCUGUGGGACUCGCGCUGGGCCACUUCAAAAACGACAGCGAGAAUCUAGGCCCCACGCCCACGAUACUCCAAGGAAUGGCCGCCGGGACGCUGCUGUACGUGGUUUUCUUCGAGGUUCUGGCACGCGAGAGGGCUAACGAGAAAAGUGGACUCUUACAGUUGAUGGCCAUAAUCGUCGGGUUCAUGCUGAUGUUGGGCCUACAAAUCGCCACGGCACAUUCCCAUUCGCAUAAUCAUCACAAUUACUCGGACAGCCAUAACCACGAGGACGAGAAUCGCCAUGAAGACGAUCACUAUCACGAGUCGGACUCCCACGAACAUUUGAAGAACAGCGAGAGAAUACUUAAUGUUACGUUCGACCAAAUGGCAGAGACUGUGACGGAAGCUGUCAGCAGCUACUUGUCCUCGUCGAUGAAGAUCCCGAUAUCUGGUGUCCACGAGAGAAAUGUAACGUCUCCUCACACGGAUCGUAGCUAAAAAGAUUCGCCUGCCAAAAUAGUGGCGCCAAAUAGUUCCUCCGUGAGAUAGAUGUCACUCGAUCGGUACUUACUUUUCGGGGAUACCAAUUGCGCUACUUAGUGUACACCGACAGCUUAUUGGGAAAACAUGGAGCUUGAUGACAGGGUGAAAGGAAAGUCUCGAUCGACAGAAGAAAGACAGUAUUAUGAAGAACUUCCAUUUUAAGGUGAGAGACAUAUUUCGAACGCAAACGUGCAUUCGAGAAACUUUCGUUCCGGAUGUUCGGCGAGACUUAGUUGGAAUUCCGGUAAAUUGGUCACGUGAUUGGUGGUUGGAUUCAAUUGUUAUUCGAUCAGGGGAAACAUCAAUUUAUUCGUAAAUUGUAAAUGUUUUACCACUAGUCUAAAAAGGACAACAAAAUGAAAUAGUUUUGUUAUCUAUUUUGCAAACCUAUUUAUAGGUUCUACGCCGUUUAAAAUUCGUCCUAGAUCGGCUCCAACUAAGUUUCGAAUAUUAGAAACGUUUGAAUGUCUCGCACCGUUUGAAAAUAAUACUCUCGCUGAGCGUGUCGUUAUUAUGUGUCACAUUAAUCUUAAGAUACUGAAGAUACAAAAAAACUGUAUGUGAAAACGUGGUGUGAGGAGAACGAACUGUCAUUAUUUUUAAGGACGAUAUAUAUAAUGUGAUACGAUCCACGGCGACAACAUGAAAUCGCGUUACUUAUUCUUCUUUUUUUUUAUGUAAUAUAGACUGUAUGGUAUAACCGUUUCGAUUACUAUCUUUUAUACUGUAAUUAGAAACACAUAUCUCAAUUGUUUCUACGGAUAUUUAAAUACAAGCACGUAUAAUAUAUGCAUAUUGCAUGAUAGUAUAACGGAAUGAAAAAUGUAUGGUUUAUAAUCAUCGAGUGUUGAAGUCUUUCCAUCUGAGGAAGAUCGCGUACACGAUCGGAUUUUAACAAAUUUAGAUGUUUACAGAUAGUGUACAUACGCGUGCUGCCGUUUUCUUUGUGAAAUAAUGGCUCACGUGUAAUCCGGAAUGAUAAUACGUACGUUGUUAUUGAUGCGAAGACAAUGGAAGCCAGGCGAAAACAUGCAAAACAACAUUCUACAAAUGUUUUCAAUUCCAUUUGUAUCAUAUUCGCCACCUCGAAUUCGUAUACAAAUCGUGUGCUAACGCGUCUAGUACAUACAAACAUAUUUUAAGAAACAAACAUACAACAUAUUUUUUCAACCCAAAGAAUCGAUUUACAAAAUAUAAAUUGUAUUUUUCAACAUAAGCGAAUCAUGAUACAGCAAUAACUUGUACAUAUAUACAAAAUGUUAAAUAAAAAACAAUAUUGAAUAUCGCUAAAUUAAUUUAAUCAGUUUAAAAUUCGGCCAAGAUACUGUUAUUCUGUACCUCUAUUCUGUACCAAUACAUUCUUUAUGUUAUUUAUAA